UGGUAUGUUGAGCACUGGUCAGGACAGUGAUUUAGUGAGGAAGUAGUUUCUCUACUGAUUUGUUGUUCGUGAGUGUACAAGUGAACUAGUUUGAUUCUUCGUUAUACUGAUUGGAGUGACUCUCUGAAGAGGAGGUGAAUUUGAAGAGGUGAUUUGUUGUUUGUGAGUGUACAAGUGAACUAGUUUGAUUCUUCGUUAUACUGAUUGGAGUCACUCUCUGAAGAGGUGAACCAUGAAGCAGAAACGAAAAAGGAAGCAUCUAGAAAGGACAAGUUCCCCCCAAACUGUCAAGAGGUCAAAAGACAAUACUCUGGUCCCUGAGGCUAAAGGUGAAUCCUCUGAAUCAGAAUACUUCUCCUGCUAUUCCUCCUUGAGUCAUCUGUCUUCUGCAGGAAUCUCAAAAUCAAGCAAAUUUGAUCCACCACCUGGCCACUGUUUGGAAGACAAUACUCUGGUUACUGAGGCAAAAGGUGAAUCCUCUGAAUCAGAAUACUUCUCCUGCUAUUCCUCCUUCAGUCUUCUGUCUUCUGCAGGAAUCUCAAAAUCAAGCAAAUUUGAUCCACCAACUGGACCCUCUUUGGAAGACAAUACUCUGAUAUGUGAGGCUAAAGGUGAAUCCUUUGAAUCAAAAUACUUCGGCUAUUCCUUCUUGAGUCGUCUGUUUUCUGCAGGAAUCUCAAAAUCAAGCAAAUUUGAUCCACCAACUGGACCCUCUUUGGAAGACAAUACUCUGGUCCAUGAGGCUAAAGGUGAAUCAUCUGAAUCAAAAUACUUCUGCUAUUCCUCCUUGAGUCAUCUAUUUUCUGCAGGAAUCUCAAAAUCAAGCAAAUUUGAUCCACCACCUGGCCACUCUUUGGAAGACAAUACUCUGGUCCCUGAGCCUAAAGGUGAAUCCUCUGAAUCAGAAUACUUCUCCUGCUAUUCCUCCUUGAGUCAUCUGUCUUCUGCAGGAAUCUCAAAAUCAAGCAAAUUUGAUCCACCACCUGGCCCCUCUUUGGAAGACAAUACUCUGGUCCCUGUGGCAAACGGUGAAUCCUCUGAAUCAGAAUACUUCUCCUGCUAUUCCUCCUUGAGUCAUCUGUCUUCUGCAGAAAUCUUAAAGAAGCAAAAGGAUACUCCACAGCCUGGUGAGAGUACCUCACAGGAAGAACACAGUGCCGUUGUCUCAAGUGACCUCCCCUGUGCCUCUGACAAUAAGAAUACGGAAGUCUUAAACACAGAUGAAGACAUUCUACUUUCUGGACCCUCUGGGUUGGCCCAAGGCCACAGCCAGAGGGCAGAAGUUUCAGACUCAGAAUAUAUUUCCCGUAUCUCUCCUGCAGACAAGCUCUUUGACAGAGAAUUCUGGAAGGACCAAGAGAAUGUGCCUCAGCCUGAGUCAUAUGUGGUCUCUCCUGGCAGUGAGAUUGCAGGAGAAAAGUCUUCUUCCUCAGAAUACGUCUGCAUCUCCCCUUCUGGAAGCCAUCAAAAACACCAAGAUGUUUCUCAUCCUGGACAAUCUGAGCAACAUGAGACUUCUUCGCCCUUUCCAUAUGUCUCAUUUCCAUUCCAUCUGGUCAGUAGUACUCAGCCCUCUGAGCCCUCAGUACAACCACAGAAGGAAAGGCUCAUGAAAAUUUACUACAUGCAUGUCCAAAUGAAAAGGGGGGUGGCUGUCUUAAGUGAUUCAGAGGAAGAGCAGGAGCCUCCCUCAAAGAAGGCAAGACUAGAAGAAAUGGCCUUUCCUGAAAAGGUCCAUACAGAAGUCACCCCGUCUCAUGUGUGUACGAAGGAACUCCUAACUGGCAGUGAGUCCAGCUGGAACAGUGAAGCUCAAGAGGAAAAGGAGGAGGCUGUCAGCCCAGCAGAGACUCCAGCUGUGGAGGAAUGUUCCAGGGCCAAGACCCCCGAAUGGCUUGUGGCCCUGGAUAGUGGCUUCAGGUGCAUGGGCUGCUGCCGGGUCUUCCCCAGCUUAGAGGCCCUACAGGAGCACGUCCAGCAUGGGGUCACUGAGGGCUUUAGCUGCCAUACUUUCCAUCUGGCCUUAGCUUGGCUGAAGAGCAAGAAGAACAGGGCAAAGAAGAGAAGGGGGGAGAAUACCGGGAAGAGAACACACCGAGGCCAGAAAGAACAUCAUUCUGGCAUGAACAUGUCUUCAUGCUAAUAAACAGACUCUUCAGCCCCUGAGAGAGAGAAAGUAGAGUAAACCAGACUCUACCAAGGGGCUUUCUUUAUCUUCUCUAAACAACCCUCGUACCCACCUCUAUUUAUACACAUCUACCACCCCGCCACUACCAGUGCACCAGCAGCAACAGGAGCAGAGGACCCCUUUCCACUCUAUCCACUGCUCUCCCAAGAAGGAGGAGAAGAAGGUGGUUCUCACCAUGCAGAACAGCAAGACACUCACAUGCAGUCUAAAGAGCAUCGUACACCAGCGUAUCCUCUCUACCACUACACUGAAAAAAGGAGACUCCCUGGAAGCAGGGACUGCUGGAGGCCACAUGGUCAAAGAGCAACACAGACCCAUCACCCCAAAGAUUUCAAACAACAGUAUCCGGCACAUUCCUGCAGUCUGAUGGGAGUACAGACGUUUUCAUGAGUCCCAUAGCAUCAAGGGAGGACCGGCUAAAGAUGGAUGUACCUGAUCCUCUGCAGCUGCUCCCAGUUACCUGGUGAAAUGUGGUGCCCAGCUCUGGAGAAAAUAUCCACAGAGAGGCGUGAGAAGCCCAAGGAAUGCGGGGAAUACCAGGCCCUCAGGAGCCCUGAGAGGAAAGAGUCUCUGCUCCUGCUGACUCUCCCCCACCCUGCCAGAGUCAGGCACCGCUGAAAAUCCCUGCAAUAUUGCCUUGUGGGGAAGAGGGCGGUAUUGCUAGAGAUGUUAGUACUGUGGAAACACAUUUCUCCUACCUAGAGCUUUCACCAGUGGAGCAGAAGAUUGAUGACAGCUUGGCAGGAUUCGGGGGAGGAGACUGCUAACUUGACAAAGAAUCUAGUUUGAGUUCUGCUUGCGGCUUCUCAAAUCCCUUGCAUUUACUGCAGGUGUGAACACCUGGCUCAUAGUCUUACUCUCCAGCCUGGCUAUAGAUUUUUCACCCCAUCUAACUUAUUUCCCUCCUCGACAUCUUAUAUCCAUGAAUAUGUGCCUGAAGACUCUGACUAUGUGGUAGAUUGUAAUCCAUACCCUUCCUCCCCUGUACUCGCACCCACAAGUUUCCGCCAGUGUAGUCUUCGUUAACAGUUUUACUUAAUUUUCUAUAUCCUUUCCUUUAUAUGCACAUAUAUCUUUCGCUGUGUCGUUGUCUAAUACGUUCACCUGCCUGGUUAUUUGACUGGGGGACAGACAUUCUUAUUACUGAGAGAGGAAAAGCUACUGCACAAAUGAAACAAAAGCAAAGAAAAUACCCUGCUUGGCUUUUCUGGGCACAUGUAUGUUUACAAACAGUUGAUAUACAGUCAUAGGAGAGAGGAUGGAACACCCUCAUCAGGGUGAUCAAAUGUGUGUCCACAAGGAUGCCCCAAAGUCAUAAUCCAGUUUUAUUCUUACUAAUUUUAGAAACAUAAAAAAUAAAACAAGUUUUUAAAAGUAAAA